GAAAUAUAAUGCAAAUCGCACAGAGGCAUCGGCGGCUUAAAGGAAUGGAUAUCUCAAACUGUACAGUCCUUCAAGGCUUUUUACCAACCCUUGUUUUAUUUUUAUCUUGUAUGUUUGGACUUUCACUCGGCACGGAACUGAGUUUUGUAACAUGUGGGUCAGUGAUUAAACUGUUAAACAUAAAACACAAUGUGAGACUGCAUUCGCACGACGUACGCUACGGCUCCGGUAGUGGGCAACAGUCUGUAACAGGAGUGACUGCAGUGGAAGACAGCAACAGUUAUUGGAGUAUUCGUGGGACAAGAGACACUGUGUGUCAUCGAGGUACCCCAGUGAAGUGUGGGCAGACAAUUCGCCUCACCCAUGUCAACACAGGUCGUAACCUCCAUAGCCACUACUUUGCAUCCCCGCUGUCCUCAAACCAGGAGGUGAGUGCAUUUGGUGAGGAAGGGGAAGGUGAUCACCUUGAUGAGUGGACAGUACAGUGUGGGGGGACCAUAUGGAAACGUGAAGAGGCCGUCCACUUCCGUCACAGGGCCACUGACGCUUUGCUGUCAGUGACGGGCGAGCAGUACGGACGACCGAUCCAGGGCCAGAGGGAAGUCCAUGCCAUGAGUAGCCCCAGCCAGCACAGCCUGUGGAAAGCCAUGGAAGGGAUCUUCAUGAAGCCCAGUGAGAGUCCAGCAGGCAGCCGGGACUACAGUCACUCACACACCGAGUUUUGAACUUGACCUUCUUUUUUACUCUUCUCUGCUCCUGUCUGUCCCCACUGUCCUCUCUGUUUACCUGUCUUCUUACCUCCCAUCUCUUUUUACAUAUACACCAGCAACCUCCAGUUUGUCUCUUUGUGCCCUUUUCCUGUCUUGUUUUUCUCUUUUAUCGACCUUUGUCUCUGCUCUCACUGCCAUCUUUUAAGGAGAAUAUGCCAAAGUCAGCUACCAUGAAUCAGGGUGCAGUGACUUUAUCUCAUCAAAUCCAUGCAAGCUUCUUUAUUUUCAGUGGACAGUUAUUUGGAAACACAAGUGAAUCCUCAGCUAAACUCAGAACAAAUGGGCCCGUGGCCUUUAGUAUAAUUUCAGCAGCAGUAUAUUUUGCCUUAAUAGGUGCAGGAAGACAUAAUGCUACUAAAAUAGUGUUUUAGAUUUUAAAGGUUUUUAUUACAGUGGGUUACACUUUAACAUCCAAGAGGAGGUGUUGCUCGGAGCUGUUAUUUAUUACCAUCAGCACUCACACUACAAUACAAAGGAUUUUUCAGCAUACAGUAUUUAAGUGAAGUGAGCAUUUCAUGGACUAAAUUGAACAUUGUUACACUUGUGCCUUUUACUGGUUUUAAAGAAUGUUCUUGUAUUCUGUGCCAUUAGUUGGAAACACCAAUUUGUGUGUUCAGACCGUUUAUAAGCAGUGUUAAUGUUUUGUCAGUCAGUAUUGCCUGGACACUGUUUUCACAGUAACUGACAUGAGACCACAAGCAAUUUUCUUUUAGUAUGAUCCUUUUCAAAUUGACUUGGAAAAAAAGUUUGUUAUAAUGUUUUUACAUCUAACUGUAAACAGGGAUUUAUAGGUUGUAUUUCACAUCAUUAAACUGUAUUUUGUGAUCACUUUGGAGUGCGAGGACAAAGUACAGUAUUUUACGUUCAUGCUGUCUGCAUGGAUGUGUGUUCGAUCAGCCUUUUGUUCUAAAGGUUCACCAGAGCAACAAGCCUGCAAUGAAUACCUCAUAUUAAAGUGAUCUUUUUUCUGCA